AUGGGAUCUUGUUCACUCAAAUAGCCACAAAUAUAAAAGAAUAUUAUCGUUGAAAAACAAUGCUCUUCUGAGGAAUAAAAUGAAGAAACCUCCAACAUGUGUUAACCACCCCUAAUAUUAAACAAUGAGAAUAUCAGAUUAAAUACUGCCUCCGAGGAGUGUGAUCUCUCCAAAAAAAUACAUCAACUUCAAAUCAAAACACUGGAACCUCUAACAUUUCAAUCUAUUAAGCCAAUUGCAAUGCACAGUAAAGAUGGUCUAGAAAUUUAGAUCAAUUUAUCUAUGUCAGGAUAUGGAUUGAUUUCAUUUAAUGAUGGCAGCCAUUAUGAAGGCUAUUUCCAAGAAGGAUUAAUCCAUGGCUUUGGUAGGUUCACAGACCUUGAUAAUAACACGUAUAUUGGUGAAUGGGUUAAAAAUAAAAAACAUGGCUAUGGCAAAGAAGUAGUUACAAAUCAGUAUACAUAUCAAGGGUAAUUUUUCAACAAUCUCAAACAUGGAAAAGGUUAUGUUCAAUAUGAUGACGGAACUAGUUAUGAAGGCUAAUUUGAUAAUAAUAAUUUGAAUGGCUUUGGCAUUUAUUAAGGGCUUAAUGGCUUGAAGUAUGAAGGGAAUUGGGUCAAUAAUUAAAUGGAAGGAUAAGGAAAACUAACACUCUCGAAUAAAUCAGUCUAUGAAGGCUUUUUUAAAUAAAAUAAAAAGCAUGGCUAUGGUGUCUAUACUUGGACUGAUGGAAAAUAGUAUAAAGGUUACUGGAAGGAAGAUGCUCAAGACGGAAAUGGAGAAUUAAUAAAAUCAGAUGGUUUACCCAUAAAAAUUAAAUUUCAAAACGGCAAAAGAAUAUCCAAUCAAAAAAUACUAAGUCCAAUCAAUUUUGAUUGA